AUGAAAUAUCAACAAAUACCCAAAUCUAUACGACUAUUAUUUGAUAUUUAUAAACAGUUAUCAAAUAAACAAAAUUCCGUUUAUCAUCCUCAAGUUGGCAAAUAUUUAUCUCAAACCAAUGAUUUAAAUCUAAUAUAUCAACAAUGGCAAAUAUUAACCAAUAAUAGAAAGAAAGGUGAUUCCAUCAAAAAUAUAACUGAACGACAAUUUUAUUCUCCAUCAAUUUCAUUUGGUGAUUAUGAAUUAUCUCUGACCAAGAAAUUAUUUAUUAAACCUACAAAAAACCAUUUUUCAUUUAUAACCGGGUUACCAUUAGAAGAUCCAAUAUUCUCCCUGAAAUCUCAUGAUAAAAAUCGUCAUGGACAAUUUAUAAAUAAUAUUGAAAAUAAUUUAUUAUCAUAUUAUUCACCAUUUACCCAAUAUCCUCAAAAUUCAAAAUCUCAAUUGGCUUAUAAAUAUUAUUUACGAAAAUUUGAUGAAUCAAUACCAAUAAUGAUAAUUUUAAAAAAAAAAUAUCAAAUGUUUUCAAUUUUUUCAAUGAAUCAUUGGGAUAAAAUAUAUUUUGAUAUGAAACGACAAACAAGAAGACAAAAUAUUUUAACUAAUGUUGAUGAUUUAACCAUUCCAUCUCGAAGAAAUAUGAUGAAAUUAUCUCAAAGACAAUUUGAAUUCACAAGUAUUAAUAGAAUAGAUUUAUUUAAAUUGGCUCUUGGAAGUUAUAAUUAUUUUAAAUCAUUACUGAAUCCAACAACUAUUUUCCUGAAUAAGUUCAAUUUGAAUAAAAAUUUACAAAUUGCACCCUGGAAUGGGAAUGAAUUCACAUCCCAAAGUUAUAAUAAUAAUAAUAAUAAUGAUGAUGAUGAUGAAUUGAUUAAAAUGAUUGAUAAAAAUUGUCGAGUGGAAAUUAGAGAUCAAUCAACUGGGGAUAUUAUCCUGCCUGAUGAUUCAAAAUUAUUGGAAUAUGUCAAUAAAGAAAAAUCAUAUGUGAAACAAUUAGAUCAAGAUGAAGUAAUGGAUUAUAGUCAACAAAUACCUUAUCAAUUAAAUUUUGAUAAAUAUUAUAUGUUAAAUAUUUUGAAUUUUGAUAGUGGUGAUACAAGACUUUCAAGUUUUAGUAGAAUAUUAAAUACAGCAACAACAACAACAACAACAACAACAGGAGGAGGAGAUAAGAAUUCGUCAAAUUCUGAUAUCUCACCUUCUGAUCUUGAAAUUGUUGGUGUUCGAUUAUCAUUAGAUAAUCCUCAAGUGAAUCGAAUGAUUAAUGAAAUGAGUGAUAUUAAACUUAAUAAUAAGGAUGAUGAUGUUUUCGCUUAUGAAGAUAUUUUGAAAUUAGUUCAUACUCCUAAAAGAAAUGUAUUACGAUCAUUAAUGGAUAUAUUAGCCGUGAAAGGAAUAAUUAAAGUUCGACAAAGUGCUGAUAAAAGAGGAUUAUAUUUAUUACCAUAA